AUGGAAGAACAAAUUCGUCAGGAUAUUCUCGAAGCCAAAGCACAAUUUGAAAAUCAAGAUACGCAAACAUCUUCAUCAACGAAUCCUUUGUCUCAUUUUCGUUUUCGGGUUGUUCUUGAUCUUAAAUGUAACGAAUUCGAUAAGUCAUUGCCGACAACUUCGAAUAUCUCUUCAGAAUGGGAUCAUAUUGUAAACUAUGCAUUAACGAACAAAAAUUUUGAGAUGCUCAAACAAUCUUUAUGGUUUAUUCGUGAUCAGGACGAUAUGUGUAUUCGAAGAGCUUUGAUUACCGAAUAUAUUCGAGUGUGUUGCUACACAACAGAUGAAGCCGUGAACGAUUGCGUUGAUCAAUUACUUGAAUAUCUUCAUCAGGAUAUUGAAAGCACGUGGCAGUAUGAUAUUAAUCUUCUUUUCGAACUUCUACAUAUGGCUGGUGUGAAUGUCGAAAAACUGUGUAGCUUAUUGAUGGAACUAGGAAUAAAAGAGUUGUUGAAUGAUGUUCAACUUAUAUUGAAAUUAAAUUAUGAUGAUAAAACAAAGAGUCAAGCAUCACAAAAUCAGAUAAUUAAUUCAAUUAAAUGUGUAUUUCGAAUCGUUCUUUCGUUAUGCUACUUUCAAGUAGAAAAAUUGAAAUCAAAUUUGUCCAAUGAUAAUUAUUUAUUUUUAUUUCUACUUGGGUUUUAUCUACAACUGGAUCGACGUUUUCAAGAUAUUAACACUAUUCACAUUGCACGACGUUUAAUGAUAAAUGCAUUGACAUUAAUAACGACAACAUAUUGGAAUGAUAAACGUGAUCUACUUGUCAAGUGUUUGUAUAGUUUAUCAUUGAAAAACGUCUACAUCGUUGAAUUAUUCUUGAAAACCAAUGAACGUACUGUUCGAAUUCGUACUCAACUUGCGUUAUUGCAUCUGAAACGUUUAGUAAACAUGAUUGAACACGAGAAGAAGAGUGAGGCGAUGAUUAUUGAUGAAAUUAUUCAACAUAAACUAAAUCCACGUUUAUUUGAACGACAAAUCGAUUUCAUCGAUUGUGUUCGACUACUCGGAGAUAUAGUUGAUAGUUAUCCCAUCGAACAAAGACUAAAAUGUAUAGCGAAACUUUAUGCAGUCAUUCAACCUUAUACGAAAACUACUCAUGAAAAACUGUUAACAGAUGAACAUGUACUUCUACUUUUCGAUGAUUGGCAACGAUGGGCUACCAUGCUUAAACCAUAUAUGAAUGAUGACGAUGUACAAAAACGUUUGAAAAGAAAAUAA